CGAGCUUUGCAAACUGACAACGGCGGGUUGUCCGUCCCCACGUGCUCUUGGUGAAAGUUUUGAGCUGGCAGGAGUGCUGUGCAGUAGACGUCUAGUUGUGAGUUGGACAUCCAUGGGGAAGCAGCACCUUGGAUAGAGCUACCGCUACACCAUGGCUUGGUUGAGUUCCGUCCUCAUCUGGGAUUGGGACAUCUUGGUGUUCUGGUUAAUGGUGGCGUUUUCUCUUGUGUUUCUCCUGGUUUUACUUACUACAGUGAUCUUUGGAGAGGACCAGAGAUCUUGUCAAGAUGUCAAAGAUGUAUUCAUCCUACAGCAGAUACUUCAUAGAAAGUUGCUGCCUAUCGACACAAGCAUGGGAUGGCAACUUUCUGGGAUCUACAGCAACCUGAGGGUUUGGAAGCGACAGCUCUUCUUGCAGAACAACUCGAGUUUCAUGCUUCAUGGAUGCAGUGCAAUUCUGGCCGGAGAGACAGAGGACAUUCUGGCAACGAUGCAGAACGUGACUAAACAUCAGGAGUGGAAUGCCAACGUGGCGAGCAUCUCCCAGUCUUCAACACCGAAGAUGCUCAACGACCGUGACGAAGAUUUGCCCGCCUUCAAGGAUGUCAUACGCAUCACUCCGUCAAGCCAACCGCGGCCACCACAAACUGGCAUCCUGAGUCGUGCACUGGCGUUUUGCUUCACGGAUGUUCCACUUUUUGCAUUUUUUAUCAACGCACCGAGCGUAAAUGAUGACAGAAAAGAUACUGUUAUUCAGAGAAUAUGGAAGAUUGAAAGGGACAGCUCUUGCUGGAUGUUUAGUAGAAACACUGAGCAACACAGGACGUCGUGGUGCUACUUCCUUAUACAGCCAGUUGUAGACGUAUCCGGUAAGAGCGUAAUCCAUUACAUCACAAGUCCAUCGCCGGACUCCACAAAUUCCACAAUGGACCGUGAAAAACAAUUAGCCGAGAGGCUCGGAGCUCUCCAGGACUACCUUAACCACGCCCAGUUGAAGCUCCGCCCAUUGAGCUACACAAGCCUACAGCAUGUCUGUGAUUUCUUGCCUGAUCUUACGGAGGAGGAGGAAGACGAUGCAAACUCUAUGCAGGAAACGCAUCUCAGAGAACCGUGUUAUGCUUUACAUAAACAGGGACACAGCAAUGGUGCAGGGUGUCCCCAAGAGGGGAAAGUCUCACCUGGAAACUUGUCCUCAAAAACAAAGAAGUCAACAAAGAAGACCACAUUACCCCCCGGUAAUAAGUGGAAGAAAGCCAUGCCCUCUCGAAGUAGGCGGAGUCGAAUGAGAUUUUUUGCAGCUGGUGGUAGUGGUGGCGGGGCUAACGCUGGGGGGACAGAGUCCUCCAGUAGUGAGGACACGGGCUAUUCUGAUUGGAUGAGCAAUAAAGGGAGCCUAGAGAGGGAUGGGAAAGCCCCUCCGGCCAUGACCUCUGACCCUGGGGUUGUGACCAGUAUGAUUGAUUUCAUGCUUGGUGAGAGGGAAGCCACAUCACUGAAAGGUGGUGUGUCCGAGUUGUAUACACUAGCAGACCAGUGUGUCGCUGAGCUACUGUCACAAUCAAGACAAGUUGCUGUGAUCGAUAUCAACACCAACAUCGCACAGCAGCAGGCUCAGACAGGAGGAUGGUUUUUUCACUCGUUAGCCAAAGAUGUAGUGAUUCUGCAAAAAAGUCCAGUACAGCGAAAGUACCAUUGUUUUCUAGGUAAGGGAUUAAUUCGAGCAUCACCGGAAGAAGUCUACAAAGCUGUCAAAAAUCCAAGAACACGGUUUAUUUAUGACAACAUGUUAAAGAAAAUGGACAUCAUCAAGGAGCUGGAUAAUAAUGUGCAAGUUGUUCAUGCAGUCCAUGAGGUUCCACAGUUCGUACGAAAGGAAUCCAGAGACUUCUGUUUGCUGCAAGCAAGCAAGAUUGAGUCAUCUACCCACGUUGUUGCCUUCACCUCAGCCAGUAUCAGUGAAUGUCCACCAUCGGAGUCCAUCAUCAGGAGUCAGGUCCUACCCAGCGGCUGGGUCAUCGAGCCAGUCGGCAAUCACAGAGAAGGUCCAUGCUCAAUGGUCACUUACUUAGUACAGAUCAGUGUCGCUGGGAAGGGGGUACCAGCAAGUUUUAUCCAAUUCCUGUCCCGAAGAGUUCCGCUAAGCGUGGCGUAUUUGCGUAUGUUCAUUGAGACAGAACACAUGUAAAUAGUAUAGACGAACCCAAUGGCAAACUGAAAUACUGCAUGGAACCACACGGUUUAUGUGGGUAAGUGUUAAGGCCAUACACCACACAGGGCAACUUUGACAACGAGUUUGGAGGCAACCACUUGCACUUUGGGCAUAAGGAACACUGCGGCAGCACCAGAGACAUUCUUCUAGCUGUAAAUCACCGUUCCCAAGGAGAAUUCACUGAAAUGUGGAUGAACUUUCUUCUAAGAGAUGGCCUGGAACUGGUUGCCUGUAAAUUGUUUUUGCGGCACAGCCUUUGGAGUUAACCAACCUGCAAUCCUACAAUCCAGUCCUGCAUUGGUAGAACUAAGAUUCCAACGAAGGUGUUGGGAAAUUAACUGAAGACUUUAUUUGACCUUGCCACUUUUUGUUUAAUUACUUCAGCUCUUCACCUUCUUUUGGGGAAAAAACAACAACAGACAAAUCACUUUAUGUUAGAGAUAUUUUAUUCCUGAUAUACUACUGUAUUGGAAAACAAAUUAAGAGUAGAUCUAGAUCUGGAUAAAUAUUCUCAAUGCUCUAUUAAGAGCCAAACGAGAAG